GUUUAAAACUGUUACCAUGGCUACCUGACAAUUGGAGGCUAGAGAAAGUGCUCUUUAUCGUGUUUAUUGGACAUCAACGUCUCCAGAGACAUGUCCUCCAGCAAAGCUAGCCCUCACUUUACCCUUGGUAUUGACAGGAAGGACCUUCAGGCACGAAUAUACGCUCAGCCUGAUGUUCUCUCCCAAAACAAACCUCUGGCCUUAAAGGCAGUAAGAAAAGGCCCACCUCAGCCAGCCAGGCCCUUUAUUCAGAGGAAACUAGAGCCUCUACCAGCUCUAGCAGCUUACCAGAAACGAAAAAACGAAGAGGUGUUAAAGUUUGAAGAGAAGCCCGAAGAAGCUCGAGGUUCUGUUCCCCCUCACCCAAAACACAUGAAAACAGAUGAACCCUCUUCCCCCACCUUCUCUUCCAACCCUUCCCUUCCUGAACUCGCCCCUCAGCCUUUGUCCUCUCUACACGUCACUCCUCCACGUCCUCCUAUAUCUUCACGUUUAACUGACUCUUUCCUUCAAGUCCGCAAGAGACAAUCCUCCUCUCGUAAGACCAACCAGAGUGCCCUUUAUGUGAACACAGACCCAGGUACUGUGAUAACGAAAUACUCUCCUCCACUGGAAGAGCUCACGGAUCCACUGGAGAUAGUCGCAAGACUUAAGAAAGAGCCGGAAUUAGGUUUUGUGUAUUUGACGCCUUCUGGAGGAUCUGUUCAUUAUAAUCCUUAUAACUUGAGAGUUGUUGUACAUUCUAAGGUAAAUAAGAAUGAUUACUCCACUCUCAGCCUAAGAGGUGUCACAAGGCUACGUAAUGGCAAAGAGGCCGACUUCACAGAGCUGAAUCAAUGGGUGAGCGACUACAACCACUUCAACAAGCUACUCAAAAUAAAAACUUUCUUUGUCUUUCGGAUGUGGAAAGCAUUCGCUACCUGGAGGAAGAGCGUUCGUACAAGAAAGAUCUCUCGUUGUCGUAAAAGCUUGAAAGAGAACCUCUUUUAUCUUCACCCUGAUCUUGGGAAGGCAUUGCUUGAGAUAAAGGAAGGUGCUGAGAACAUCAGUGAGAAUGAGCUAAUGACUGGAAUAGACCCUUCAACUACUUAUACACUGGAGGAAUUCCAAGGAUCUCAGCUAGGGAAGAUGGGGAUUGUUUCCAUUAAUCUAGCUCAGUUUCAUCUUGAUAUAAGGAACAUAGCAAGACAUGCGUGUGAAGAGGCUCUGAGGAGAGAACAGUUUGUACCAGACCCCAUCAGACCUGAUGAUCCCAAGAGCAAUGGUAUUGAUGAUACAUUAGAUUCCUCUCGUCUCUCCCUGGACUCCAUUGAGAUGCAGAAGUACACGAUGCAGGCAUUGAAAAGGAACCAUUGUCAGCGUCUCUCCUGCUUCAUUCGUCUCUGUGACUACAUCAUACUCUCAAUGCUCCACGACCUCACUCUCGGCUCUGAGAAGCAUUUGCUUCAGUGCCUGAAGGAGAGGGCCAGCUGUGUGGUAGAGAUUGAGGACUUUGCUGAACCGAUUCCUGAUGAUGAGGAAGAAGAUGAAAAAGUUUUGCUCCUUCCACUUAAGACUCCAUCAUCUUCUGUUCAAAAUACACCAUCACAUCUUGGUAGACGUCCCACUAAUAGUAAUGUAGCCAUUGAUGAUGAACACCAGGUGGACUACAAGUGUCUCUUUAUUUCUCAUCUCAAGUUAGAGUCUCAAGGACUCGAGUAUAAGCCCAGUCUUCAUGAUUUCCAGCAAGUCCUAGCAGACACUAUGACCAGAUACCAGGACUGCACACUGGCUGUUCCUAAUCUACUCUCAGACUCUUAUUUCAAUGCAUUCACUAGGCCAGUUAUUAAUAACAAAGUAGAAGAGAAGACAUGUGGGACUGGUCCUAGUCUGGCAGACAUUUUUGAAGAUGACAUUGAGCUAAUGAAUGUUGCACAAUCAGUACAAGACGUCCUGUUAUCAAGCUUCAGUCUAGCUGAUGACUAUGCUAGCAAGUUUGAGCUCUUUAGGAAGUUUUAUGAAGAAAAUGAACAGUUUGAACUUGAUAGCCUUGAAGAUGAAGACAAUGAUGUAGCGUUCUACAGGAAGAGGCUGUACAGGUAUAGGAAGCAACAUGUUCAGGCUGUGGAGAAGUGCCCCACUGACAAGAAGCUUGGACUACUACUGGUUGAUACCAAUGAACUAAAGGCUAGACUGAUACCAUCCCCUGUUAGGUGUCUGGAGGCUAUACAUGAUGUAAUGCCAGCUAAAGCUAAAUCAAUGAUGGACAGGCUAAUACAGCUAUCACAGGAUGCUACAUUUAGACUAGAGACAGAGCCAACCAGCACAAUGGAAUAUGUAUCAUUAUUGACUUUCCUUGACGAAAUACAAUCACAGGUUGAUAAAGUUGAGGAGGAAUCAGAAGUUACUAAGGACCUGUAUGAACUAAUAGACAAGUAUAAGGUCCCAGUGCCGCCUGAGGACUACACUUAUGCCUUCAACAUGCUUAAACCAGCUGUGCAAGGACUGAGGAGCUCUGUUGAUAGGGUCAUGAGUCAGAGGGAGCAGUAUAUUGAUAAGUUUUGUAGGUUCUUGGAUAAAGAUAUAGUGGCAUUGAGGAAGGAGCUGAAGGGAGUUAAAAAUGAAGCCCAGAAUCCACUAGUGCUUGAUCCAGAAGCUGAUGAAGAGAAGGUCAGAGGAAUACUACAAGAUCUUCAGUCAAAACUCGAUGGGCUCAACGAUAAAGCUGUAUCAUACAAAAAUCAUCAGAAAAAAUUUAAGGUUGAAGUGACUCGGUUUGAAGAAUUGGAGGAAGUCACAACAGAAGUGAAACUGAAGCAGUUAAUGUGGGACGCUAGAAAUGAAUGGGAUACAUCAUACAAUGAAUGGAUGACAACUCCGUUUGAUGAACUUGUUCCUGAUACUGUCAACACUCAAGUAGUGAAGUUUGCAAAGAGCGUCUACCAAUUAGAGAAGGGGCUUCCCCCUAAUGCAAUAGUCCCCAAACUCAAGACUAAAGUUGAAGAGAUGAAAGACAAGAUGCCGGUCAUACAGGACCUCCGUAAUCCUUCACUGAAGACCCGCCACUGGGAACAGAUUGAGGAAAUACUUGAUCACAAGUUUGAUCCUGAAGAGAAAAAGACUUUAAAAUUACUUGAGGAACUUAAUGCGUUUAAUUUUGCUGAGGCACUGCAGGAGGUGUCUGGACAGGCAUCUUCUGAAGCUUCACUGGAAGCCAUUUUGAAAAAGGUUGAAGAUGGAUGGAAGACAAUGGAGUUCAUUGUAUUGCCACACAGAGACUCUAAGGAUGUAUUUAUAUUAGGAGGAACUGAUGAUAUACAAGUACAACUUGAUGACAGCAUUGUCAAUGUUAGUACUAUUGCUGGCUCACGUCAUGUUGGCCCCAUAAAGCCAAGGGUUGAGGACUGGGAGAAGCAACUAGCACUCUUCUCUGAAACACUAGAGGAGUGGUUAACCUGUCAGAGGAAUUGGCUUUAUCUGGAGAGUAUUUUUGGAGCUCCAGACAUUCAGAGACAGCUACCUGACGAGGCUAAGAUGUUCAACCAAGUGGACAAAUCUUGGAAAGAAAUAAUGAGAAGAGUUCAGAAGAACCCACUGGCCAUUAGAUCAGGAACCACACCUGGUUUGCUUGAAGAGUUUAAGAAGAGUAACUCGUUACUGGAGCAGAUCCAGAAGUGUCUGGAGGACUAUCUUGAGAGCAAGAGGCUUCUCUUCUCUCGAUUCUUUUUCCUCUCGAAUGACGAGCUACUCGAGAUAUUGUCACAAACACGGAACCCUCAGGCAGUCCAGCCUCAUCUUAGGAAGUGCUUUGAUGCAAUUGCAAAGUUAGAGUUUGGUAAGGGACCUCCUUCAGAGCCUGGCGGUCCGCCCACUAUCACUAACGAUAUAUUAGCCAUGCUGUCACCUGAACAAGAGAGUGUUGCCUUACAAAAAGGUCUUAAAGCAAGAGGCAAUGUUGAGAACUGGUUGACUAAUGUUGAGGAGUCAAUGGUUGUGUCAUUGAGGAAACUAACUAAAGUUGCCAUUGCAGACUUUGAUACCAGACCACGCCAUGAGUGGGCAACAAUGCACGCCAGUCAAGUUGUAUUGACUGUAUCACAGAUAAUGUGGUGUAAGGAUUUAACAGAGUGUCUCAUGAAAGAGUCGCCUGAUGAAGUACUUGAAUCUGUUAAAGGAGCUGAACAAAGAUGCUUUGAUAAUUUGAAUAAAUUGGCAGAGCUGGUUCGUGGCACACUCCCUAAGCUGAUACGUAACAUAAUAGGAGCACUGAUAACUAUUGAUGUACAUGCUAGAGACAUUGUGACACAGAUGGUAGAAAACAAGGUAACUGGUUUAAGUGAUUUUGAGUGGGUGAAGAACCUCAGGUAUUAUUGGGAUCCUGAGAUUGACGACUGCAUUGUAAAGAUGUCCAAUUCAAGAUACAUUUAUGGAUACGAGUAUCUUGGAGCAUCACCACGUCUUGUCAUCACACCACUCACUGAUCGCUGCUACUUGUGUCUUAUGGGUGCACUCCAGUUGGAUUUGGGCGGGGCCCCUGCCGGCCCAGCUGGUACUGGAAAGACUGAGACAACAAAAGACUUAGCAAAAGCACUUGCAAAGCAAUGUGUCGUGUUUAACUGCUCGGAAGGACUGGACUUUAAAAUGAUGGGUAGGUUUUUCUCUGGUCUGGCCCAGUCCGGAGCCUGGUGCUGUUUUGAUGAGUUCAAUCGUAUCGAUAUUGAAGUAUUGUCUGUCAUUGCACAGCAACUCCUUACCAUCAGGAAUGCUAAACUAGCAAGGGCUAAGACCUUCUUAUUUGAGGGUAGAGAGAUUAAGCUGAUAAGGACUUGUGCUGCCUUUGUUACCAUGAACCCAGGCUAUGCUGGUCGUACUGAACUACCUGAUAACCUUAAAGCUCUUUUUAGACCUUUCGCUAUGAUGGUCCCUGACUAUGCUCUCAUUGCAGAGGUUAUAUUGUAUUCUGAAGGUUUUGAGUCAUCUAAGAAUUUAGCGAGGAAGAUGGUACAGAUGUACAAGUUGUGCAGUGAGCAGUUGUCCCAGCAGGAUCAUUAUGACUUUGGAAUGAGGGCAGUCAAAUCGGUGCUAGUAAUGGCUGGACAGCUAAAGAGAGAGAAUCCUCACUUGAGGGAAGACGUUGUUCUCAUUCGUGCUCUUAGAGACAGCAACUUACCAAAGUUCUUAGCUGAUGAUGCCAUUUUAUUCAAAGGUAUAUUACAAGACUUGUUUCCAGGCAUUGAGCUACCUGAGCAUGAUUACGGUAUCCUCCAGUCCUCCAUUGAGAAUGCUGCUCUCUCCAGGGACCUUCAGGUAGUGCCUACUCAAAUAAAGAAGGUCAUCCAAUUGUAUGAGACUAUGCAAGUACGUCAUGGACUCAUGUUAGUGGGCCCUACUGGAGGUGGAAAAACAACCUGCUAUCAGAUAUUGAAGGAUGCUUUGACUACAUUGCAUUCACAAGGUCACCAGCAUCCUGACUAUCAGCCAGUCCAUACCUUUGUACUCAACCCUAAGUCUGUUAGUAUGGGUGAGUUGUAUGGUGAAGUGAACAAGCUAACGUUGGAAUGGAAUGAUGGGCUAAUGGCUAUCACUGUCAGGCACUGUGUCAAGGAUACUACUGAUGAUCAUAAAUGGGUCAUUUGUGAUGGGCCAGUGGAUGCAUUGUGGAUUGAGAACAUGAACACUGUACUGGAUGAUAAUAAAAUGUUGUGUCUUGCUAACUCUGAGAGGAUUAAGCUAACCCAGAGCAUACACAUGGUCUUUGAAGUACAGGACCUUGCUGUGGCAUCACCAGCCACCGUCAGUCGAUGUGGUAUGGUAUACGUUGAUCCUGGGGAACUCAAAUGGAAGCCAUACAUACAGACUUGGAUUGAGCACAAGUUUCCUAUAAAGCUACCUGAUGCUACUAAAGCAUAUUUGAUUGAAUUAUUUGACAAGUUUAUUGAUCCUGGACUUAAGUUUAUCAAGAAACACUGUAUUCAAGCCAUAGACCAAGUUGAUAUUAAUCGUGUUGUAACACUUUCAAAACUAUUUGAGUCACUACUUUGCAAAGACCCAAAGAGAGUUGACUGGAAAGGCGAGACAUCUAAACUCCACCCACUCCUGUGCACUACAUUCCUGUUCUGCUAUGUGUGGGCGUUGGGAGGCAACCUAGUACAGAAAUCAAUGGACAGUUUUGAGAAUUUCGUGAGAGACGUAUUCUCUGAAACACAUGAUGUUAAGAUACCAGGAGGUGGGGAUCUCUACAGUUACUUUGUCAAUUUUGAGUCACGAUACUUGGAGUCCUGGGAUAAAAUAAUACCGACUUUUAGAUACGACCCAGAAGUGCCUUACUUUGACCUCCUAGUCCCUACUGUAGAUACAGUGAGGUAUGGUUACCUCAUGGAGGCACUGCUUGAUGUCAGAUAUUCAGUACUAUUCACUGGUACUACUGGAGUUGGAAAGUCUGUCAUUGCUAAAGGGAAGCUGACAGAAUUGCAAGAGAAAGGCCUGUACGUUCCAGUGUUUAUUAACUUCUCAGCUCAGACUAACAGCAUACGUACACAAGAGAUCAUAGAGUCUAAACUGGAGAAGAAAAGGAAGACUGUCCUUGGUGCUCCGGCUGGGAAACAUGUUGCCAUUUUCGUUGACGAUUUAAACAUGCCAAAGCUAGACCGUUACGGCUCUCAGCCUCCAAUUGAACUAUUGAGACAGUACCAAGACUUUGGUGGGUUUUACGACAGAGAAAAACUCUUUUGGAAACAGAUAAAGGAUAUGACCAUAUGUGCUGGUUGUGCUCCUCCUGGUGGAGGUCGUAAUCCAGUCACUCCACGUUUCAUUAGACACUUUGCUAUGCUGUGCCUCCCUUCACCAGCUGAGGUAUCACUUAAAGCUAUAUUCAAGGUACAGUCUACAUGUACUGUAGAUGUAGCAAGGGUAAUGCAUAUUAGUGCAUCGCGAUCUACAUGUACAAUGUACAUGUACAAUGUAGAUACAGUAAAGAUAGGAUUUAAUCUUGUAGCAGCCAAAACCAAUACUGAAAAUUCACAGCUAUUACUGGUAAAUUAAUUAACAACAUACAUGUACAUGUACACAUAGAUAAUAUAAAAAUACGCAUCAUUACAAAGUAAAGUGUUGCUGUGUCACUUUGUAAUGCUCCUGUGGCUUCUCAGAUGAAGCUUAAUCUUAAUGCAUACCAGUCAGUGCAAGCACAGUACAUGUACUGACUGUAUACUACUGGAUACAUGUACAUUGUACAUGUACAUGUACAAUAUGGGAGCUGACUUAACUUAUCUGAUAUGACAAGUGAUUGAAAUCUGAAGUGAAAUACAUGUACAUGCAUGUAUGGACUCUAUUUUGAUGAAAGCAACUAGGAAAAGGACACAUGAAUAUCUAACUAUUAGUGCAAUUAUUCAUUCCAAAAACAAACAAGCACGUUAUAAGUACAGGGUGCACCAGGACAAUUAUUAUUAUCAAGACAGAAUGAGCACAAUGGAGAUAGCACUGCUGCUAUCCUUCUCAGUUUUACUAACAGCUUCUUAUGGUGCUGAAGGAUCUUAUUGUAUGUCUACUGACUGUACUAAUGCUGGAUCAUAUCAACAUGGUGGACUAGGACUGUAUCUAAGAGUAUGCUGUAAUAUUAGUAACUUAGGACAGUCUGUUACUAUCAGAGACACUGGUAUUAAUAGAUACAUUCUCUGUCCUAAAGUACGACCAAAGUCCUGUCCAGAAAUGUCAUGCCAGGAGAUUCUUAAAGCUAAUCCAAAAGCAGUAUCUGGAGAUUACACUAUUGUGUAUCCAAAUGGCACUGCAUAUACAGUUUAUUGUAAAAUGGACACCACAGACUGUGGAGAAGGAGGAUGGACAAGGAUAGCUUACAUCAACAUGACUGAACCUGGAGCUACAUGUCCUGAUGGAUUUGUCACUAAAAAUUUUACUAACUUUAAUCACAGUUUAUGUGGGAUUAAUCUCAUUAGUGCAGGAUGUCAAUCAGUAUUCUUCUUUAGUACUAAUUGUUUGAAUUAUUCUAAAGUAUGUGGGCAGAUUAGAGGCUAUCAAUAUCACUCACCAGACGGAUUUGAAGGAUCUUUAUUUGUGGGUCUUGAUAGCUAUUAUGUCUGUGGUUACUCUAUUACACGUGGAAACCCUCGCCAACAUAUAUGGACAUAUGCUGGUGGUAUUUACCAAAACAACGUAAACGAGUAUGACUGUCCAUGUAACACUGGUUUCAAUCUAAACCUCCCACCAUCUUAUGUUGGCAAUGAUUAUUAUUGUGAAUCAGGAUUACCAGUUGGACUGCUCCAUGGUGCUGUACUUUAUCCUAAUGAUCCAUUGUGGGAUGGUCAACAGUGUCUUGGAUUAGAGGGCCCUUGUUGUACUAAUAAUCCUAACCUUCCUUGGUUUAAUAAAGCACUAAAUGGAGUUAGUAACACGAACUACAUUGAAGUAAGGUCCUGUGUCCUAUAUGACUAUACUAAUGAAGACACUCCUCUUGAUAUAUUAGAAUAUAUAUUAAGUAGAUGCUAUAGGAGUUGUAUACUUUUAUUAUUAGAACUGUUACCAGUCUACAUUACAUGUCUACAUUCGCUACAUGUACUUAUACUUGCAUGUACUCCUGAGAACUGUGUUGUUGUUGUUUUAUUACAUGCACUCAGGAGCUACUGUUUACUGAUGUUUUUGUUGCAAAUAAUUAUCAUACUAAGGCAAUUCAAACUAAAUUACUUGUUUUACGGAUUUUUUUUCUCUAAAAUAGAGCAGGCCGGUCGGAAUAAAUUAAAAUAUAAACAAUAAAAUUAAUUAACUAC